AUGGAGUCGGAGCUGCUACGGGCCGUAGCAAUUGCAUCGGCUCCUCAAAAUCAGAAUACCGAGUUGAUCCAAUCCGCACACGCUUACCUUCAGCAGCUUCAGCAAAAUACACCAGAGUGCUGGCAGAGCGCUUGGAACGUGUUUUCCGCCCGAAAGCAUGAUGGUACCUCGGCGCUCCAUUCGGACGACGCUCGUCUCUUCGCAUUGAAUCUCGUUCAGGAUCUGCUUGAGAAUCGGUGAGUGACAGAGUGCCCUAAGGAAACACGGGCAAGCAGGCAGACUUGAGCAAGAUCGAGGAUGAUAGCAAUAUUCAGACUGAACAAUCCAACUCCGAGGAGCUUCGGCUCGUUGCGGACCAAAUUAUAUGACGUAACCUUUCUGAAGAUCUUGUUGCUCGUUCCGGCUGGCUGUUUUCCCCCUCGGUAUCAGGAUGUACAUUCAUUGCUGACGUCCUUGUACAUCUUGGUCUCACAAUGAAUGCUUCGUAAGCAGCAUUUCACAGCUCUCGGAUCCGGCAGCCGCAGUAGCCUACUUGCAGGACGCCUCGCUCGAGUACAUCAAGUCGGAAUUCGUAGGAGGCAGUGGAGAGCGCGGCCUUGCUUGUGAGUCGCUCAAUGGCGUCUUUGCAGAUAGCGCAGGUGUUAAGAGUUCGCAUUUUCACUUGCAGAUUUGCGAAACAAGGUUGCUCAGGCACUCUCCCUGCUACUGGUACAAAGCUACGGCUUGCCACCGCCUUAUACACUUUUGUCGACUUUAUUGGAUCUCACGAGAACAUCAGAAGGCAGUCUCAAUCCUACCAGUGCUGAUCUCGUGCUGAGGAUCUUGCACGAUCUCUCGCUCACACUUGGCUCGGACACGACUCUCCGCUCCGUGCGUUCUCGGGAGAGGCUCGUGCGAGAUGCUGCUGUGAGGGACGAGAUCCGUGAACACAAUGCUUCAGCGAUUGCGCAAGCCGUCUGGGGAAUGUUGCAAGAGGCGUUGUCGAAGGUGCACACGCCUCAGUGGCCCGGUCGCACGGCUGAGGACCUCGCCGAGAUGGCGACACGGGUCGUGGGCGACUACGUCUGUGAGUGUCGCGCCACCUUUGGCCAAUCCAGAUCAGACGAGCAUUGCGCCUCUAAACAAACGUCGCUCGUUUCCGCUUUCUAGCCUGGACGGACAUUUCCCUGAUGGUGACCGCUACGACCUUGCCAGUCCUCUUUGGUCUAUUGCAGCACCCAAUCACUGCGCUUCGGAUCGCGGCCGCCGAGACGCUUCUAGAGGUAGUAAGCAAAGGCAUGAAACCCCCCGACAAGAUUGAGCUAGUGAGAGUCCUGGACCUGACCACCGUCAUAACCGGCCUGGAGGCCUCAACUCGAGGCGACAAUGAUGUAGAGUUCCGCGAACGUCUGGCUCGUCUUGCAAAUGGCAACAGUCUGGAGCUCGGAAGAAUCGUCGAUGAUCCGGCAGCGGAUGCAGCGUCCUCACGAGCCGCGGACGAACUUCUGGCUCCUUCUCUGCCACUCACGCUUGCAUUCCUCGCCGAUGCCUGCGACGACAUCCCGGAGCAGGUUCUGCCUGCCUUGACUCACGUCCUGGCGAGUGUGAGUGAUGUCGCCUGCACUACGCCCGCUACAUAUACUCAACAUGUCGCUGAUGUGAUUCGCGCCUCUCCGCAGUGGAAGAAAAUGCGGCGUGCCUCGCUGGCGACGCCUCUGCAGGAGGUCUUGUCACCCGCAAAAAUCGCUUUUACCGAGUCUCUUCUGAGCGUUUGCUUGCAGAGGAUGCAGUUUGGAGAAGAGGCGGAUUGGUCUUCGGAGCUCGAAGCGCGGGGAAGCGAGGAUGGCAGCGAAGACGAGGCAGCUCGUUUUCACAGUUUGCGGAAGGUGGGUCCACAUGUAUGCCCAUUUCAUCUGCGAACACAGCUGACCUCAUGACAAUUCAACCUAUCGCCAGAAUAUGCAACUUCUAAUAGGGACUGUGGCUGGCAUCGAUGAGGCUCUAUUCUCGCCACAAAUUCAGUCAUUCGUUAUCGAGACGCUUACAGCUUGCAACGCCAGCUUGACCGGUACAGGGGCAGCCACGACUUGGCAGAGAGCAGAGCUAGCACUGCAUGUGCUGUACCUCUAUGCCGAGUUCUUGAUGACCGCAUCUGGACAGAUCAAAAGCGGCAUUGGAUCUGCAUCUUUCGUGACACUACCCACCACUGGAGCUAAUGCCGGCUUGUCUCGGGCAAAGCAAGCCUCGCAGCUCGACCUCACUACGUUGCCACUGAACGCUCUGGGCCAGACAGUCAAAGCCUUCUUCGAGUCACGGAUUUCAGAGCUCGAUCACCAAGCUGUCAAGCUCGCCUUUUUCGAGUGUGCUGUGCGCUACGCCUCCUUCUGCACAAUCAGUUCAGCAGCUAUCCCACAAGCUUUGCCUACUUUUCUGGACGAGCGAGGGCUGAGAAAUCCCGACACAGCUGUAAGAAGGCGCGUCGAGUACCUCUUUUUGCGCUUCAUCAACGUCAGCAAAACGGCUCUUAGCCAUGAGCACGUCGCCGGCUUACUCGAAAGGAUGCAGGAUCUCCUUGUAGUGAGCGCAGUUCUGCCCCCUGUCAAGCCUGACGAAGACGUGUUGGCGAAAGGAGUCACCUCAGAUGCCGCUUUCGACAGUCAGCUGAACCUUUUCGAAGCGAGCAGCGUGCUCCUGUCGCUUCUUUUACGAGCGCCCGAGCAGCAAGUAUCUCUACUGAGCUCCCUUGUUGGACCGCUGCGUUCGCAGCUCGAGGAAGCACUGCAAGCUCACAAAAGCCACCAGCAUCCUCAAGUCAUUCUUCAGGUGCACCAUCUCUUCCUCGCGAGCAGCAAUCUCGUCAAGGGGUUUCCAGAUGUCCAGCCCGCGGCGGACGGCUCGACGCAGAGGGAGUAUCGAUGGAUCGAAAUCUUCAAAGGCAUCACAGAGCAAAUUCUUUCCGGCUUGAACGAGCUGAAAGGCUUUCUCAUCAUUCGCGACGCAGCAAGGGGCGCAUUCGCGCGUAUGAUUGCAAAGUGUGGAGAUGCCGUUCUACCCUACGUCCCGCCUCUUCUUGCCGCCCUUCUGAGCGAAGUGAGCGCAGUGGAGAUGGUCGAUAUUCUCUCCUUCGUCGGUCUUCUGGGUUCUCGGUACAAAGCCACGAUCGCGCCUAUCAUGGAUGAGCUAUUGCCAGUCCUGAUUCCGCGUGUAUUCGCUUUGCUCAACCAGGACGUAUCAGGCACGGAUGAUGCUGUUCAGCGUUCAGAGCUUUCUCGUGCGUACGUCGGUCUACUAUCGGGUCUUAUUAGCUGCGGUAUCCAGAACGUACUGCAUUCCGAGAAGAACCAAUCGCAAUUCCAAACGGUCUUGCAAAGUCUCGUCUUCUACGCCAGCGACGCAGAUCUCCAAACCCAGCGUGCAGCUUUCUCCGUCCUCCACCGCAUGGUGCAAGUAUGGGGUCGCCCAGCAAGCGCCAACGGAUCUACCAAUGGACCGGCUGCAAUUGAACUUCCGGGCAUCGCCAGCUUUGUGUACGAAACUCUCGUUCCCUUGGCAUUUGAGGCGCCAUCGAAGAGCGCCUUUGAUUUUGCCGACGCUCAAAGUCAGCUGGUGUUGACAGAGGUCUGCACAUUGCUCAAGACGAUCCACGACGCGCGAGGCCAAGAGCUCCUCAACUUCUUGACAACGGCUUACUUUCCGGGCAUCGGCUGCCCUCCACAAUUGGCGCAAGACUUCACCAACAACCUCAAAAAGAUGGAUGCCAAGCAAUUGCGCAAAGCUCUUCAAGGUCUAAUACAGCAAUCCCGAGGCUAG